UGCCGGGGGCUCUGGGCUCUCCCUGGAGCCUCUCCUCUCCAGGCUGCGCACCCCCAAAGACCUUUCAGCAUUUUUAGGGUGCAAACCCGGGUUCCACCCGCGCUCCGGGUGCGGGGGGGGGGGGGGUGACCAGCAGAAAACCCUUUGGGACCGGGACGGAGCCAGGCGCGAAGGGAAAGCGAAACUGCGGCGGGCCGCGCUGCCGCCGAGCCGGGCCCGGCCGCGGGAGGAGGGGACGGGCGCGGCACCGCCCCGCACUACAGCUCCCGGCGAGCCCCGAGCGCCGCCACAGCCGUGUGACACCGCCACAGCCGUGUGACACCGCCACAGCCGUGUGACACCCGCCACAGCCGUGUGACAGGCCUGACAGCGCCGCCACAGCAGCCCCGGGGGACGGGCCGGGCCCCGCGGCCGCCGCCGCCGCCAUGCAGAUGACCUUCUACUUCUCGGACACGGCAGUGCUGCUCUUCGACUUCUGGAAUGUCCACAGCCCCACAGGGAUGGUGCUCUCGGUGCUGGUGAUCCUGCUGCUGUCCGUGCUCUACGAGGCCGUGAAGAUGGGCAAGGCCGUGCUGCUGCGGCGGGCGCUGCUGGCCCUGCCCCGCAGCCUCAGCCACGAGGCCCUGACCGAGCCACAGCAGGGGGACAGCGACCCCGCGCAGGGCAGGUGGUUUUGGUUCCACGUGGGCCAGACGCUGUUCCACGUGCUGCAGGUGGUGCUGGGCUAUAUGGUGAUGCUGGCUGUCAUGUCCUACAACGCCUGGAUCUUCCUGGGGGCCAUUGCAGGCUCCACCCUGGGCUACUUCAUGGUGUACCCCCUGCUGGGCCGGGGCUAGAGCCCCCCGAGGUGGUGGCACACGUGUCCCACCUCCUGCUCCUUUGUCUGGAAUAGCUGCUGUCACUUCUGCUGGGUCUGUCUCUGUCCCCGUGCUCUGUGGGACGCAGAACCCCAAGGACUUGCUGGGGGCCCUCGGGGCUGGCCCCGCUCUGGGGACGGGGAGCCCCAUGGCCAGCACUGGCCUCGGCUGGUGGCUGUCCCCCGGCUCUCAGGGACCUUUGUCCGGAUGGUGACAGCGGGGGGGUGCUGGCAUUUCCUCCCCCUCCCUGCUUUUCAAGGAGGUUCAUCCUGGCUGGAACGGGAAGGAUCCGGUGACUUGCUGGGGACAGGGACCCUCCUGCCCAGAGCUGCCCUGCAGCAAGCCCCUCUUCACACAGUGCCUUUGGGGACACCGGGGGGCCCUGCCACCCCCACCCCGCUCCUGCGCAGCGCUUCAGGGAUGGGGCUGGAGCAGCCCCUGUGCCAGGGGGAAAUGCUGCUCCUGGUGCCUCUUGCUGCUUCCUCAGGACACCCCUUGAAUAAAACCAUCUCAGCUCCACUCCUGGUUUGUGUCACUGCUGGCUGGGCUCAGGAUGUGACACCCCUGGGUCACAGUAGGACUGGGGAUCCCCAGCCCUGCCCAGGGAGGUGCUUCAGGAAUAAGGAGAGUCUCCUCUGGCUUUAAAUAAAGCUUUUCCAUUUUAUUAAUUAUUAUAAGCAUA